AUGCCCGGUGAAGGUUUCAUCACCAUCCACGGAGCCCAGCCUUCACGGCAGCCAGGAACGGCAGCGGCUAACCGGCCUCCGCCUCCUCCCCCCGGCUAUGCUGGCCAACAACCAGCGCGUCAGCCAGCCGGCAGACAGCAAUAUCGCCCGCAGCAGCCCGGUCCGCAGCACCAAACUAGGCCAGACUGGCCAGCUCCCUCACAGAUACCCCAGGCCAACACUCACGUCAAGAUCUCCGACCUCCGCAGGGAACGGCCGCCCACAGCCGAGGAAGCCCGCGAAGCCACCUCCGAGUACUAUGUGUUUCGCUUCACAAGGGCCGAUGAGGGCGGCUACGCCAGCGACGGCUCGAAGCGGAAACCUUCUUGGAAACGGGCACUGCGCGUCGAAGUUCCCGGCAUCACCAACCAAGAAGCCGCUCGCACGGUGCGCAACCUCAACCGCACCACCAUCCCCGCGGCCGAGAAAAAGAAGUCCCUCAGCGAGGAGGAGCAGCGCCAAAUCGAGAUCGCCCUCGAGGACCUACAGAAGAAGCACGACGACGCCUUGUUCCAGACGACGCUGGUCCAGCUGGACGACCGGGUCAGAGAGAAGCCCAAGGAGAAGGAAAAGAGGCGUGAAAAGGAGAGGGAGGGGGAGAAGGAUCGGAGGAAGGAAAGGUACCGCAAGGACUAUGGCUUGUAUAGCGUGACCAGAGUACCCUCCAAGACACACCACAGGCCCAAGGAGACAAACAAGGUCGUGACCGAGCGGGUGAGCAUUACCGCCUACUUCAAGCGGGCUCCCCGGCCGGGAGUCGACCCCAUUGCCAUCCUGCAGCACCGCGAUACCCAGCGGAAUGCUCAGCUCAGGGGCAUGCAACAGCCAUACGCCCAGCACGCCCAGCUCGCCCGGCCUGUGGCUCGACCUGAGGUUGCACCCCUACCUCCGUCGCCGCAGACUAUCCCUCCCCCCAGAGCUGCCGGAACCAGAGGCCCAAGUCCGGGCCGGCACACCCAGACCUAUUACCGAGGCCACGGCGUGGCCAUUGUUCAGCCUGCUCCCCAGAGAGGCACCCACGCCACCGUCCGACGAGCAUCUCCCAGUCGGCCCUCUCCUCGCCGACCAUCGCCUCGCAUCCGCCAGGGCGCCCGCAGUCCACCGAGCACGGACGAGUCCAGCUACUCCGAAACAUUCUCGGUCCUCGACGGCGAGGACACGGACUGCACCUCUCCAACCACAGCCUCUUACCUCUCGAGCCGCGAUUCCUUCGAGCGAUUGCGGAAACCUCGUCCCCAGUACAGGGAGGGCCCAGCACACUACGGGAUUCAGCCCAACUUCAACGGUGGCACUUCCCAAGUGCCUGUACACAUCCAACCACACCGCACCCAUGAUCGACCGCUCAGUCCCAGGCGGCGAAACUCCAUGUCCGCCCCCAACCGAGCCCCCUUUCCUCCCCAUCCCACAUCCACCACACCGCCAGGCUUCCUUCCUCCCAGACCAGCCAAUGUUGCCGGCACCGGAACCGUCCCGCCCAUGCCGCCCUCUCCGCCAGCUCCAAUCCGGAUGCCAACUGGAGAAGGGAUAGGUAUGGGAGGAUCAGUUCAAAAUCCGCCGCCGCCGCGAACCGCCGGCCAUGUCCCAGGCCAUCACUUCCCACCUCCUCCUCCAGGGCACAUCCCGCCCCUGCCCCAGGACUCUGCCCCUAAUCAAACUGGGAUCACAGGCCAGAUUUCCCCACCGCCACCCCAACUCCAACCAGGCAAAACCCCAGUGGUGGUAAACCAGAUCUACGCCGAAGCCUACGCUGCCGGCCGCGAGGAAGCCCUCUCCAUAGCGGAGCGUGUCGUCGCAGCCGCAUCAACUAAGACAACUCGAGGCGGAUCGCCCGUGCCGGUUGUAAUCCAGCACGACCGUCCCAAGGAUCAUGGCCGGGGAAGGAGCAGGAGUUUGGACAGGGGGCGGGAGAGGCGUCGAUACCGGAGUCGGAGUCUCGACCGUGAUCAGGAGAGAUCUCUAAGUCUGGAUAGGGGCCGAGGUCGGUCGCUGAGUCUAGAUAGAUACAGGACAAGGGGCAGAACCAGGACCAGGAGUAGGAGCCUCGAUUACAGAAUCCGUGACCGCGGUCGAGACAGAAGUAGGGAGAGGGAGCAAAGCGGUAAAGAUAGGCACUGGGACCGGGGCAGGAAUCGCAGCCUAGACGGCAGAGACCGAGCUCGACCGCCCUCUCCGAGGGUGCUGCCAGGGCAGUCACGGCCACGGUCUGGCGUGAGGAUUGUCCGCCCGGAGGACGGGUACACUCGCCACCGGGUGGGGAUGGAUAGGGAGGGGCUGGAGAGGUACCACGGCGGUGGACGGACGUCAACGACACGAACUUGGACAAGGGAAGUUCCCGGCGACACUGGCACAGACAGAGACGAUGAACUGCGGUAUGAGAGGCUGCGGAGGGAGGACGCGGACCGGAUGAUACGGGAGGAGAAGGAGAGAGAGCGGAGGGCGAAGGGUGAGCCGCCAUUUGGGAACUCGAGUAACCCCUUCGCGCCACGGCCGGGGUUGAAAACGAGGACAGGCGCAACAGUGGGAAGAGGAGGAGCUUACGCAUAA